UGGCAAACUGGCAAAUGAACGCUGUGGCAAAUUGUCCAACAUAAAUUAUUUCUCCCCAACCUGUAAAUUAAAAUUAUUAAUUGAAAAGUUAAUAAAUAAACGUAAUAAUUUAUUUAUAAUAAUGGAUCAUGAAACAGCAUGGACCGAAGUGUCCCAAGCACAAAAAGAAAAUAGACAUGAGCUUGUAUUAUCAGGUGCUUCAAUAUCAAAAAAAAUAUUAGAAUGUGGUCUUGAUAAAAAUAUAUUUCAUCUUGAAAAUAUAAAUUAUUUAAACAUCAGUCAAACUUGUCUUGAUAAUAUACCAGAUGAAAUAAAACAGCUGGAAAAUUUAACAACAUUGGUACUUCAUUCAAAUAAAUUAACAACAAUUCCUGGAUGUAUCAAGAGUUUAUCAAAAUUAAAAGUCAUUGAUUGUUCAAGAAAUCAAUUGGUAACAUUACCAGAAGAAUUAUCAUCUCUUUCACAAUUAACAAUAAUUAAUUUUAGCUCGAAUAACAUAACACAUUUGCCAUGUCAAAUUAAAAAUACAAAACUUGCAUCAUUGGAUUUAUCAAACAAUAAACUUGAAGUAUUUCCAGAUGUUUGUUAUUCUGAGCUUGUUCUUUUGGCUGAAAUUAAAGUUAAUGCUAAUUCAAUCAAAGAAAUUCCAUCAUCAAUAAGUCUUUUGUCAUCUCUUAAAUUAUUAGAUGUAGCUGACAACAAUAUUUCCACUGUACCUGGAGAAUUGGCUGAUUGUUUAAAAUUAAAAGAACUUAAUUUAAAAGGCAACAAAUUAAAUGACAGAAGACUUUAUAAACUUGUUGAUCAAUGCAGAACAAAGCAAGUACUUGAUUAUGUCAGACAAAAUUGUAAAAAAAAUGACAAUAAUUCAUCUGGCAAAAAUAAAAAAGGUAAAAAAAAUCAAAAGACAUCAGAGAGUGAUACAGUGACACAAGAAAUUGAAAAUUUAACUCACAAAGUACAAGUACUACGUUUAGCUGAUGAAACACCAGUCAUUAAAUUAAAUGACAUUGUUAAAAAUGUCAGACCACAUAUUGUUGCUUGUGUCAUUAGAAAUUUAUCAUUUAACAAUGAUACAUUUAAGAAAAUGAUACAAUUACAAAAUAAACUACAUGAGGGUAUUUGUGAAAAACGUAAUGCAGCAACAUUGGCAACUCAUGAUCUUGAUCGUUUUGUACCUGGUGAUUUGACAUACACUGCAAUGCCACCAAGACAAAUUAUGAUACAACCACUUGGACGUAAUAAAUGUUAUUCAGCUGCUGCAUUAUUUCUUAAGCUUCAAACUGAAGCUGAUAAUUUAAGAAGAGAAAAAAAACGUAAUGUUUAUUCUGGUAUACAUCGUUAUUUAUAUUUGAUUGAAGGCAAACCAGAGUAUCCAUGUGUUAUUGAUGGUUCUAAUCAGGUUAUAUCAUUGCCACCAAUAACUAAUGGUGAUAUUACUAAAAUUUCAACUGAUACUAAAAAUAUAUUUGUCGAAGUAACAAGUGCAACUUCACAUCAAAUUUGCAGAAAUGUAUUGGAUGAAUUUUUAAAAGAACUUGUUAUUCAAGGAAUUGGAUGUUCUGUAACAACUGAUGAAAAUUCAAAACCAUUCAGCCAUCUUCAUGUUGAACAAGUUAAAGUUGUUGAUUUAGAAGGAAACUUGAAACAUGUUUAUCCAUCUAAAAAUGAUUUGCCAUUUUCUGAUAAUAACAUUGUUAUUGUCAGAUAAAUUACUCUCAUCACUACAAAAAUUUGUUAACAAAUAUUUCAACCUAAUUUUUCUAAUGUGACACAAAUUUUCCAUAAAUAAUUAAAAUCAACAACAAUAAGCAGACUGGUUCUGCAUUUUUUUUUUCAUCUUUUUUCCAUCCAACUGUUUACCAAUUACGGAUUUAAUAAAAAAAAAAAAAUAUACACACACACUUGUCUUUAUUAAAAAAUUGUUACUUUAUUGUUCUUAUUUUUUCUCUAAUUAAUUUUGGUCUUGGUUUUUGUAAAAUUAUAUUUUUCAUUAGACAAUUAUCACUGUUGCAAUGAUUUAUUGAUUUUUUAUUAAUUGAUGAUUCAAUAUUAUCGUCGGGAUCAUUUAGCUUUUCAUGUUUAUUCGAAAAUUCUUCAAACGAUGAAGGAUUUGUGUUUAAAUUUUUUGACGAUUCACUGUGAAUACUUGAGCCUUCAUUGUCAGAAGUCAAAACAUCUGAUUCAUCAUAAUUUUGUUGAUUAAAUGAUUUAUUUAUAAUUUCAUGAUUAUUUGUCAUUAUUUUAUUAAGUAAAUUAGGAUAAACAUCAUUGACAUGUUCCUUAAAUCUUCUUGAAGAUUCUUUUUUUAUUAAAAAAUUUUUUGAAGCCUUUGAACUUGAUGAAUCAAGUCUUUUUAAUUGACUCAUUUUACUUUCAACAUCAGUUACAUCUGUUGUCUCAUCAGAGCUUGUUUUUUUAUAUUCAUUUUUUUUCAUCAAUUCAUCCUCAAGAUGAUCAUCAUCAUGAAGCUUUUUUUUGUAUAAAUUAUCAUUUAAUUUUUCAAGCUUUAAAUAUGGACAAUUACAUUGACAACAAAUUAAUUUAACAUCAUUAUUUUUAAAUUGUUUUGAUGAAUUUUUCGAUGUCAAGCUUUUGUCAUUUAAAAUUUCUAACUCAUCAUGAUUACUGUCUUUUAAUUUAGCUAUCUUCUCUUCACUUUUAUUAUCAUGUAAAUUAUAUUUAUGACUUUUUAAAUUUAUUGUUUGACAAGAUUUAUUUUUAACCAUUUUUUUAUUUUUUAUUUCUACUGUCUCAAUCGAUUGUCGCCUCCAAGGAUCAGGUAUUCCCUGCUCAAAAGGUAUUCCAAUUUUUAGUAUGGAUUUUUUUACAUUGACAUUGUCCAAUCCAAGAACAUAUUUAAUUGAAUUUUUAUCUGAUUUGUCAUAAAGUUUACGUGGUGGAAGGUAAUUUAUCAAAGGAUCUGGUAUACCAUUUAAUAUAUUUUUACUAUUAAACAUUUUAGAUGAAUUAUUUAGUAGAAAUUGUGAUGAUUUUAUAAGACGAGGUGAUGUAAAUGGUCCUUGUACAACUUGAUGUAUAUUUAUUAAUUUUUUAUUUGUCAAUUUCGAUGGUGACAUCCACUCGUGUUCCCAUCUUGGCUGACAUGAAUUUAUUUCAGAU